AUGCAAGAUUCCUGCCCUCUUACUUGCACGGCGCUCAAAGCCUCGCCGUCGCCGCUGCCGCUGCUGCUAAAAGACUGGGACUAUGGACGAGGAAGUGCUCCAGCACCGGGCAGCGAAAAGCAGACCAAGAAAACAUAUCGACCGCUAAUCCACCGGACUUUCUCCCUCUGCUUCAUUCUUGUCGUCGCUCUCGCUUUCAUUGCCUUGAUCGAAUACGCUCUUCGAGUGCUCCCUCAUCACACCCUUUCUUUGGGAAGCUCGUAUGGCCAAGCCAAAAAGCGCGAUCUACUUCACAAUCGACAUUCUAAAGACUUUUACCAAGCCGCGAGUCCUGCUGGCUGGGUACCCUCUCCGAUUAUUGCCACCAGCAGCUUGAGUAAUGCAGAUCGUGCGGCAAGUCCUACGCUCCUUCCACAGCCUGUAUUACAACGUCGCUCCACGCCGGCGCACUUUAGUAAUGGCACGAACAAUUGUCAGCCCGUCACGGUCACCCAGGAGCUUACGUUGAUGAAUUUUUUCAAUUUUACAACCAAUCCAAAUGUAUCCACUGCAGACAGUCACCUGCUGUCAGCCACGUUUGCUUUUGCGAAGAUAUUAACAGGCUCAGCGCCUGCGCCCACACAGGCGGCCCCAGCUGAUCUUCAAGCGAGUUCCUGUCCAUCUAACAGCACAGUCACUCAAACCACUACAAAGACGACGAGCACCAGUACCUUCCUUGACCCUACAGUCCAAACAGAUUUGCCUCUUUCAGCCGUUACGUCAGGGAAGAGCAAAGGAGGAAAUGAAGGGUCUAACGGAGGAAGCCGAGAUACCGAUCGCAGUGGUGGAGGCGACCAUGCUGGAGACAAUAAUGGAGGAGAUGGCAAUCACAGUGGAGAUGGUAAAAGUGGCGGGGAAAAUGGAAAAGGAGGGAAUGAAGCUGAUAACCACGGUGGAGGUGGGGCUGGCACCAGUCAUGACGGUGGUGAUGAUAGUGGGGGAAAUAGUAGUAAUGGUGGAGAUCACGGCGGAAAUGGGAGUGAGAACAAUCACGACGGCGGAGGAGAUCACGGGAGUGGAGGAGAUCAUGCAAAUGGAGGAGGGGAUCAUGGGGGAGGCACGGGUGGAAACGGCAACGAUGGAGGCAAUCACAAAGGCGGAAGUGACAGUACUGGUGGGAAUUCAAAUGAAGGAGGAGGUGACAAUGAUCAUGGCGGGGCAAAUGGUGGCAUUGGUGGAGAUAACCAAGAUGGAGGAGCUGGGAGUAGUGGCAACGGAGAAAGUGGUGGUGGUAACAAUAAUAGUCAUGGUGGUGGGAACAAUGGCCAUGGCAGUGGCAAUGGUUCAACUGGGCAAGAAGGAGACGAGCCAGAAGGGCACGAGAACGGAGCUGACGCAAAGUCCGAUGGGGGUAGGCAUGGCGGUACUGCCGACGACGGUGGCACUCCUGCCGAUGGCGAGUCCGAUGGUUCCGAAAACGAUCAAGAUGCGGACGAUUCAUCAACGGACGGUGGCUCCCGCAGCGGCAAUAAGGAAGGAACAGGGAACGGAGCAGAUGGGACGAACUCAGCAGACUCAGCCAAUGGGAGCGAGGAGACUUCAGGCUCAACUGGAGGUGGCCGAAAGAAAUCUCCAAAGAAUGGUGCAUCUCAGGGAAGUGAGGAUACAGAGUCGGGCGCGCAAGACGUUUAUACGACAACCAUAUCUGGUCAUCAAGUGGUUAUAACACCUACUCCAACGAGGCACAGCAAAGGCCAAAAAGACACGGCAUCUGACGAUAUCAUCGUAGCAUCGGUGAAAGGAGGAUCAAGGCUGACAACUCUCACGCUCCCAAGGGGCUCUCAUUCAGCGACACAAAGCCUACAUAGCCAGUCUGAAACAACUAAUAGCCCCCAGAGUGGGACGCCCUUUACAUACACUGAGUCAAACAAGCCACUGACAUUCAUCAAAUCGCCAAUCAACUAUUUCUACGGCAUCUACUUUCCGGUCUUACUUGCUGUGGCAUUCCAGAUGCUAGCGUAUUAUCUGUAUACAGCGACGAAGAUGAUGGAGCCCUUUGCCAUGCUCAGCAAAUCGAACGAGGGUAUAUCCGCCAAAGAGUUCUUGUUCAUCGGUUUCCUUGCGGGGAAUGACAGCAUCGAACCAUUCACGGCAAUGGUCUCUUCUAACCAUAGGCUUCUACUUUUUGUUUCCUUGUUCUAUGUUGCGGCUCAGCUUUUGUCGCCUUUGAGCUCAGAAAUGCUAGGUAUCUAUCCCGGGUAUAUCAAAAAUAAUGAAGAAACGGUCACGGCUGGUGCUUCGCUCUGGAUACACGCACAAAUCGCCCGUCUUAUGCAAGCUUUCCUUUCACUCAUUUGCAUACUGGUCAUUGCCAUAUGGAUUUUCCUCCGCCGAUACCAAAGUAAGCUCUACAGUGAUCCGACGAGCAUAGACGGCUUUGCAUCUUUAAUGAACCAUCCUGACACAGCACGCUUUUUCAACUCGAUCGAUUUGGGCACCCCCAAGGAAGAGAUACUUGAAAAACUUGCCGGUUCUCGCUGGCGCCUUGGUUGGUAUGCGACGGAAACGACUGAACGCUUUGGCAUUAUCGCCUCAGCUGUGAACCAUUCUAAAGAUCCUUUUACUUUCUACCCUCCAUCUAGACCCUCCAGCCCUCCAAAUUGGUCGACUUCAUCUCCGCAUUCUCCAGAUCAUCCGCAAACCCCCAUGGAAUCUACCAAUUUGCUAACGACGCCCCCUUACCGAUCAAAACUCCGCACACAAUUCGCUCUCAAUGCUCUGUUUGCCAGCCUCCUAUCUGCAUUAUUCAGCGUCAUCCUCGCUUACGACCUUACGACUUCGAAUACUGGCUUCAAACGCUUCAUGAGCGCUGGCAACUUCGGACCACGCUUCCUGCUCACGACCGCUGGUAUCCUCCUUAAAGGUCAGUGGGCACGACUGGAACGAAGAAGUGUCGUCUCGAAACCUUUCGAGCGUGCCGAGAGGGGAAGUCGAAGAGACUAUCUUGGCAACGAUGGUGAGCAAAGCGAUAUCCGCCGCCACAACGAAGCCGUUCUGGCGCCUCGCACGCUCAUCCCCCUCACCACACUUCUGUCAUUCUUCUGGCGACCUAGCUACGACUUUGUGGCGACGGCUCUAUUGGCAUUCACUGCUAUCAUCGCCGAAGCUCUCGUGAUCGUCCUUCCUGGCGUUCCGUUCGACUCGGGGCAGCUAGAAGUCGCAUCCUACGUAUCACGAUAUGUGUCGCUUGCUCUAUUGGGUUUCAUGCUGGCCGUUUUAGGCGGCUAUUGGGCCAUCCGUUUGCUAAGGUGGCGGCAUGGAAUCAAAAUGGAAAGGUCCCCAAACACGGUGGGUACGAUGAUGGCUCUACUUGCUGGGACGGAGUUGGUAGAGAGAUUGGCGAUGGAGAGGAACUUGGGAUAUACAAAUGGAAGGCAAGAAGAAGAGGAAAAAUGCUGGGAUGAGAGGGAGAUUAGAUUAUUCCGGAGGAGGAGAGGGAGGGAGGUUCAGGAAGGGUCUGCACCAGAUAGAUGGGUUGUUGACUUUGAGUAA